AGGCGGAGUCGGCAGUCAAUAUUAAAACGGGCUUCACUGGAGGAUAAUUUUUGUCAUAUUAAAGUUCUUAAACUGCUCAACAAACGAUAUUAGCGUAUCGUACAUGUUUAAUUUGAGUGCUCCGGCGUGCAUACGAGUGCAACAAAACAAACCGUCCGCAAAGGUGUCCUCCUGUCCCCGACCUGUUGCAAAGUCCCUUCAUCAUGGCACUGGCUGGGGUGAGAGUUGUUGAGCUGGCGGGCCUGGCUCCAGCACCGUUCUGUGGUAUGAUCCUGGCAGACUUUGGGGCUAAGGUGAUCCGUGUGGACCGCACCAAGGUUGCCAUGGCUAUGGACACUCAAGCCCGCGGGAAACAAUCUGUGGCCAUCAACCUAAAGACACCAGAGGGUGUAGCCGUACUCAGGAAGCUCUGUGUCCAGUCUGAUGUGGUGCUGGAGCCCUACCGUAAAGGUGUGAUGGAGAAGCUGGGCCUCGGCCCACAGGAGCUGUUAAAGGAAAAUCCUCGUCUGAUCUACGCUCGCUUGACGGGGUAUGGACAGAGUGGAUCUUAUGCCACAGCAGCUGGACAUGACAUCAACUAUCUCGCCAUGUCAGGCCUUUUAUCCCGGCUGGGUCGUAGCGGAGAGAAGCCUUAUGCUCCGCUGAAUCUGGUAGCGGACUUUGCAGGUGGCGGUCUUACCUGUGCCAUGGGGAUAGUUCUGGCGCUGUUGGAAAGGACAAAGUCAGGGAAAGGACAGAUCAUUGAUGCUAGCAUGGUGGAAGGAGCAGCAUACGUGGGUUCAUUUGUAUGGAAAUCUCGUAGGAUUGGUAUGUGGGACCGCUCCAGAGGAGAGAACUUGCUGGACAGUGGAGCGCCCUUCUACGAUACCUACCAGACUUCAGAUGCAAAGUACAUGGCUGUGGGUGCCAUAGAGCCGCAGUUCUACAAACAGCUACUUAAAGGCUUAGAAUUGGACGCUGCAGGAUUACCUCCUCAGAUGAGCUUCACCGAUUGGCCAGAGCUUAGACGGAUCUUCACAGAACGUUUUGCCACAAAGACCCAGGCGGAUUGGUCAAAGAUUUUUGAUGGGACUGAUGCCUGUGUUACACCUGUGUUGUCUUUCGACCAGGUGAGCUCACACCCACAUAACCAGGAAAGAGGUUCUUUCAUCAAAGACCCCAGCGGAGAAGAAAGUCCCCGACCAGCUCCGGUUCUCUCUCGGACUCCUGCGGAGCCUUGCCUUGCUUCUGACCCUGUUAUUGGAGAACACACAGUUAAGGUUUUACAGGAGUACGGCUUUACAUCAGCACAGAUAGACCAGAUGCUAACAAAAGAGAUUGUAGAGUGUAAUGCUGUCAAGGCAAAGUUAUAAGGUCUAAACCUUAGUUGGAAAUCCAAACUUCACUAUAUCUUUUAGUGUUGAGAUUUUGGGAAGACCACAUGGAAGAGAUGGACCUUGAUAAGACCAAUUAUGAGUUGUACCAUAGAAAUAAUUGAUGUGGGCAAAAAACAAAACAAUAUGGAUCCAAAAUCAUCAUUUGUGAUUGAGUGAUUUAAAGUAAAACCUGCCAUUUAUAUUAUUUCUAACAACUGUACUAUAUAAGAAUCAAAGUAGAAAGGCAAAGUAGGAAAAGGAAGAAAUUAUUUUAUUUUCAUGAACAUUCAAACUGAGAAAUGUUGUGUAAGAAAGUGUGGAAUACUUCUCCAUCUCACCUAUUUGCAUUCAUUCUCUCAGGCCUGAGGUACCUGAUGUUCACAUAUCCCACCUUGAUAGGUUGAAGUGAAAGGCCAAAACUGUUUCACAUUCUCAGGGUACAUGGAUGCUGUUUGGGUUUGUCAGUUGGUUACAGUUGUCCGUUUGAAUAGCUGCCUCCUCUAUUUUAUUGCCACUGCUGCCCUCUGAAUGUUUGAGUUUAAAAGAUAAACAGUCUCAGUCAGUUUUCCAGCUCAGAGUCAACCUGGUUUCCACUCGCCAAAAGAGGUUUGUGUGCACAGCUUGAUAGAUCAACAACACUGAAAAUUGAGUAAAUACAGCAUUUAUUGUUUUGUUCCUCCUCCAGGGAGUGUUAGCCUCGUAAUGCCUGUGUGUCCACUGGAUCCGGCAGAUCUUCAGCAGCCAUGUUCCUAUAUAUUUAGAGUUAUUUUGCUGACAUUCUUUGGGUUUUACAUUACAUUACAGAUGCUUUGUGGCUGUACUUUUGUUGCCUCUAACUUUCUCUGUGAUCAGUAAUCAUUUUAACGUCAGUAUAGUCUAUCUCAUGGCACAGCUGUUGUCAUUACCCUCUGUUUUUGUUUAUUUUGUCUGGUGAUGUCUUGAUAAUAAAGUAAUUAUUUAAUCCA